AUGGCAAGAAAGAAAUUUAGUGGAUUAGAAAUCUCUCUGAUUGCCCUCUUUGUCAUAGCUACUAUAAUAGCUAUUGCCCUAAUUGUUGUUUUAGCAACUAAGACACCUGCUGUUGAAGAUAUUAGUGAUUCUACUUCAACUCCAGCUAUUUGUCCUUCGACUACAAAUCCUUCUGAUUCAGGAAAAUGUCCAAAUGUGUUAAAUGAUCCUGUCAAUGUGAGAAUAAACUGCAUUCCAGAACAAUUCCCAACAGAGAAUAAUAAUAAUUUAUAUGGCCAUCAAACAUUCUUUAUGUGUAUUGAAGAUACAUCUGGAAAGUCAUUUGGUGUUUUCUUAAUGAAUAGCAAUGCAAUGGAGAUUUUUAUCCAGCCUACUCCAAUAGUAACAUAUAGAGUUACUGGUGGCAUUCUGGAUUUUUACAUCUUUCUAGGAGAUACACCGGAACAAGUAGUUCAACAGUAUCAACAGCUUGUUGGACUACCAGCAAUGCCAGCCUAUUGGAGUCUUGGAUUCCAACUAAGUCGCUGGAAUUAUAAAUCACUAGAUGUAGUGAAAGAAGUGGUAAGGAGAAACCGAGAAGCUGGCAUACCAUUUGAUACACAGGUCACUGAUAUUGACUACAUGGAAGACAAGAAAGACUUUACUUAUGAUCAAGUUGCAUUUAACGGACUCCCUCAAUUUGUGCAAGAUUUGCAUAACUAUGGGCAGAAAUAUGUCAUCAUCUUGGUAUGGCGAUUAACAGUAUACCCUGAUUUCACUAACCAAACUGCAUUGAUUGGUGGGCAAAAUGAAUGCAGUAUUUUUCCAUCAGAAGUGCAAUAUGAUGGACUUUGGAUUGACAUGAAUGAAGUUUCCAGCUUUAUUCAAGGUUCAACAAAAGGAUGCAAUGCCAACAAAUUGAAUUAUCCACCUUUUACUCCUGAUAUUCUUGACAAACUCAUGUAUUCCAAAACAAUUUGCAUGGAUGCUGUGCAGAACUGGGGGAAACAGUAUGAUGUUCAUAGCCUCUAUGGAUACAGCAUGGCUAUAGCUACAGAGCAAGCUGUACAAAAAGUUUUCCCUAAUAAGAGAGGCUUCAUUCUUACCCGCUCAACAUUUGCUGGAUCUGGAAGACAUGCUGCACAUUGGUUAGGAGACAAUACUGCUUCAUGGGAACAAAUGGAAUGGUCUAUAACUGGAAUGCUGGAGUUCGGUUUGUUUGGAAUACCUUUGGUUGGAGCAGAUAUCUGUGGAUUUGUGGCUGAAACCACGGAAGAGCUUUGCAGAAGAUGGAUGCAACUUGGGGCAUUUUAUCCAUUUUCCAGAAACCAUAAUGCUGAUGGAUAUGAACAUCAGGAUCCUGCAUUUUUUGGGCAGGAUUCGCUUUUGGUUAAAUCAUCAAGGCACUAUUUAACUAUUCGCUACACCUUAUUACCCUUCCUCUACACUCUGUUUUAUAAAGCCCAUGUGUUUGGAGAAACAGUAGCAAGACCAGUUCUUCAUGAGUUUUAUGAAGAUAUGAACAGCUGGAUUGAGGACACUGAGUUUUUGUGGGGCCCUGCAUUACUUAUUACUCCUGUUCUAAAACAGGGAGCAGAUACCGUGAGUGCUUACAUCCCUGAUGCUGUUUGGUAUGAUUAUGAAUCUGGUGCAAAAAGGCCAUGGAGGAAACAACGUGUUGAUAUGUAUCUUCCAGCAGACAAAAUAGGAUUACAUCUUAGAGGAGGUUAUAUCAUCCCCAUUCAAGAACCAGAUGUAACAACAACAGCAAGCCGUAAGAAUCCUCUAGGACUUAUAGUUGCAUUAGAUGAAAACAACUCAGCCAAAGGAGACUUUUUCUGGGAUGAUGGAGAAACUAAAGAUACCAUACAAAAUGGCAGCUACAUAUUAUAUACAUUUUCAGUUUCUAAUAACACAUUAGAUAUUGUGUGCACACAUUCAUCAUAUCAGGAAGGAACUACCUUAGCAUUUCAGACUGUAAAAAUCCUUGGGUUGACAGACAUUGUUACAGAAGUUACAGUGGCAGAAAAUAAUCAACCAAUGAGCGCUCAUUCCAAUUUCACUUAUGAUGCUUCUAACCAGGUUCUCCUAAUUGCAGAUCUCAACCUUAACCUUGGAAGAAACUUUCGUGUUCAAUGGAAUCAAAUUUUCUCAGAAAAUGAAACAUUUAAUUGUUAUCCAGAUGCAGAUUUGGCAACUGAAGAAAAGUGCAUACAACGUGGCUGUGUAUGGAAAACGGAUUCUUCUCUAUCCAAAGCACCUGACUGUUACUUUCCCAGACAAGAUAACUCUUAUUCAGUCACGUCAACUAACUAUUCAUCAAUGGGUGUAACAGCUGACCUCCAACUAAAUACUGCAAAUGCUAGAAUAAAGUUACCUUCUGACCCCAUCUCAACUCUUCGUGUGGAGGUGAAAUAUCACAAAAAUGAUAUGUUGCAGUUUAAGAUUUACGAUCCCCAAAAUAAGAGAUAUGAAGUUCCAGUACCGUUAAACAUUCCAGACGCCCCAAUAAGUACUUAUGAAAACAGACUUUAUGAUGUUGAAAUCAAGGAAAAUCCUUUUGGCAUCCAGAUUCGACGCAGAAGCACUGGAAGAGUUAUUUGGGAUUCUUCGCUGCCUGGAUUUGCUUUUAAUGAUCAGUUCAUUCAAAUAUCGACUCGCCUGCCAUCAGAAUACAUAUAUGGUUUUGGGGAAGUGGAACAUACAGCAUUUAAGCGAGAUCUGAACUGGAAUACUUGGGGAAUGUUCACAAGAGACCAACCCCCUGGUUACAAACUUAAUUCCUAUGGAUUUCAUCCCUAUUAUAUGGCUCUGGAAGAGGAGGGCAAUGCUCACAGUGUUCUCUUACUCAACAGCAAUGCAAUGGAUGUGACAUUCCAGCCAACUCCUGCUCUAACUUACCGCACAGUUGGAGGAAUCUUGGAUUUUUAUAUGUUUUUGGGCCCAACUCCAGAAGUUUCAACAAAGCAAUACCAUGAAGUAAUUGGCCAUCCAGUCAUGCCACCUUAUUGGGCUUUGGGAUUCCAAUUAUGUCGUUAUGGAUAUGCAAAUACUUCAGAGAUUCGGGAAUUAUAUGACGCUAUGGUGGCUGCGAACAUCUCCUAUGAUGUUCAGUACACAGACAUUGAUUACAUGGAAAGGCAGCUAGACUUUACAAUUGGUGAAGCAUUCCAGGACCUUCCUCAGUUUGUUGACAAAAUAAGAGGAGAAGGAAUGAGAUACAUUAUUAUCCUGGAUCCAGCAAUUUCAGGAAAUGAAACAAGGACUUACCCUGCAUUUGAAAGAGGACAGCAGAAUGAUGUCUUUGUCAAAUGGCCAAACACCAGUGAUAUUUGUUGGGCAAAGGUUUGGCCAGAUUUGCCCAAUAUAACAAUAGAUAAAACUCUAACUGAAGAUGAAGCUGUUAAUGCUUCCAGAGCUCAUGCAGCUUUUCCAGAUUUCUUCAGGACUUCCACAGCAGAGUGGUGGGCCAGAGAAAUUGUGGACUUUUACAAUGAAAAGAUGAAGUUUGAUGGUUUGUGGAUUGAUAUGAAUGAGCCAUCAAGUUUUGUAAAUGGAACAACUACUAAUCAAUGCAGAAAUGACAAACUAAAUUAUCCACCUUAUUUCCCAGAACUCACAAAAAGAACCGAUGGAUUACAUUUCAGAACAAUGUGCAUGGAAACUGAGCAGAUUCUUAGUGAUGGAACAUCAGUUUUGCAUUACGAUGUUCACAAUCUCUAUGGAUGGUCACAAAUGAAACCUACUUAUGAUGCAUUGCAGAGGACAACGGGAAAAAGAGGGAUUGUAAUUUCUCGUUCCACAUAUCCUACUGGUGGACGAUGGGGAGGACAUUGGCUUGGAGACAACUAUGCACGAUGGGACAACAUGGACAAAUCAAUCAUUGGUAUGAUGGAAUUUAGUCUCUUUGGAAUAUCAUAUACUGGAGCAGACAUCUGUGGUUUCUUCAACAACUCAGAUUAUCAUCUCUGUACCCGCUGGAUGCAACUUGGAGCAUUUUAUCCAUACUCAAGGAAUCACAACAUUGCAAAUACUAGGAGACAAGAUCCCGCUUCCUGGAAUGAAACUUUUGCUGAAAUGUCAAGGAAUAUUCUAAAUAUUAGAUACACCUUAUUGCCCUAUUUCUACACACAAAUGCAUGAAAUUCAUGCUCAUGGUGGCACUGUUAUUCGACCCCUUUUGCAUGAGUUCUUUGAUGAAAAACCAACCUGGGAUAUAUUCAAGCAGUUCUUAUGGGGUCCAGCGUUUAUGGUUACCCCAGUACUGGAACCUUAUGUUCAAGUUGUAAAUGCCUACGUCCCCAAUGCUCGGUGGUUUGACUUCUAUACAGGCGAAGAUAUUGUUGUCAGAGGACAAUUUCAUACAUUUAAUGCUCCUUUUGAGACAAUAAACCUACAUGUCCGUGGUGGUCACAUCCUACCAUGUCAAGAGCCAGCUCAAAACACAUUUUACAGUCGACAAAAAUACAUGAAGCUCAUUGUUGCUGCAGAUGAUAAUCAGAUGGCACAGGGUUCUCUGUUUUGGGAUGAUGGAGAGAGUAUAGACACCUAUGAAAGAGACCUAUAUUUAUCUGUACAAUUUAAUUUAAACAAGACCACCUUAACAAGCACUAUAUUGAAAAGAGGUUACAUAAAUAAAAGUGAAACGAGGCUUGGGUUCAUUCGUGUAUUGGGGAAAAGUACCACUCCUGUCAAUGUGGUUACUCUAAGGUAUAAUGGAAAUCAAAAUUCGCUUCUAAAAUUUAAUGAAGACAAUACCAAGACGAUAUUAUAUAUUGAUCUGACCCAGAACAGUGUUACUCUAGAAGAACCAAUAGAAAUCAACUGGUCAUGAAGAUCACCAGCAAUUUUAGUUGUCAAUGGGAAGAAACACCAGGAUUUAAGUUUCACAGCGCUUACAACUUUCACUCUUCACUUGGUUCUUGUACUGUACAAAAUAUGGCUUUCAUAAUAUCGAAAAGCUAUUUCAUUAAUGAUAAUGCUAAUUUUAUUAUAGUAAUGUGACUUAGAUUCAAUGUUAAGGCAUAUUUAACAAAAUUCUAAUAGCCCUAUUUAUCCUCU